AUGAGUUCAAUUCAUCCAGCUCCUCUUUUAUCCAGUUUACCUUGCGAAUGGUGUUCUCAACUAACACUUCGUGACCAAUUCACAAAGUUUUGUCAGCAUAAAGUUUGUAAUCAAUGUAUUCUUAUUGAUAAACAAUGUCGAUCGGAUUGUCCACUAUGCUGGUAUAUAAAUGCAGCACAAUUUAUACGUCAAAAUAAAAUCUGUUCUGGUAAUUAG